AUGACUAUAAGUGAAACUGAUUUGGCAGUAUUUGACGGACCUCACUACAGUCUGAAUAAAAAACUUUUAAUUAUGUUUGGUUUGUGGCCAACAUUGAGCAGAACAAGAAAAGUUAUUUGUCUCAUAUUUUUUACGAUGAUUGAUUUAUCACUGUAUGCAUCAUUUGCAGAUGGAAUAAACUACUACAGAAAACAAAAAAAGUGGAUGUACGUGAUAGAAGAUACAAUUUCUAUAAUUUAUCUUUCAGUCACUUGGAUUAAGUACGUGACAAGUUACAUCUUUGAAUCCAGAAUCAAACUAAUUUACGAGCAAAUAGCCGCUGACUGGAAGAGCUUAAUCGAUGAAGAGGAAAUCCAAAUUUUGAAUAAUUACUCGGCAUUCGCACGACUACUUACUGUGUUAUACGUGUUUUAUGCGAUAAUCGCUACAACGUUAUUUUACGUGCUUCCCUUUCUGACCAUUGUAAUCGAUAGGAUCAAACCUUUGGAAAACGGAACCCGUUUUCGAGCUCAGCCUUACCAUCAGCACUAUUUUGAUCUCAUAGACAAUGAGAAGUAUUAUUACCACAUGUACAUUGGUCACGGAUACGUGGUUUCAAUAAUUGUUACAGUAGCUGUCAUGGCAAUUGACACCAUGUAUGCAGCUAACAUACAACACGCUUGCGGAUUAUUCGCUAUUGUACGACACAGGCUAAGUAAAAUUGGGAUACUCAAUGGUGAACGGGAAUAUGAAUUCAGAGUAGUCGACGACAAAAAGGUUUACGAAAGCAUAAGAGCUGUCUGUGAAAUGCACAAGAAUUCGAUAAAGAUCGUCGAGUUGAUAUGGGAUUCGUUCAGUAUAAGCUUUUUGAUUUUUAUGGGCUGUUCUCUUGUUGGCAUGGGAAUGCUCAUGUUUAACUAUAUCUUCAACAUGAUACACCCGAUCGAGAAGGUUGUUGGAACGGGUCUACUGUUGGGUAUCGCUAUUCUCUUGUUCUAUAUGAAUUGGAUCGCACAACAACUGACUAACAGUAGCGAUGAAAUUUUCAUAGCGGUGUAUUCAAAUAGAUGGUAUAAUUUGUCUAUUAAAGGACAGAAAUUGAUAUAUUCUCUACUUCAGAGCAAUGCAAACAGCGUUACCUUAAGAGCUGGAGGAAUCGCGGAGAUGAAUUUGCAGCAAUUUGCAGCUAUUCUCAAAACGGCAAUGUCUUACGCUACAGUCAUGAUGUCAAUGAACGGUUAA